UGUACUAUGGAAGAAAAUUCAAGUUCAUUUACCUUCCACAAUGUGCUUUUGUUAACAGGCAGAAAAGCUUUUGCAGGCUGUGAAAAUGUCAACCACAUUAAAGACAGCAGUUCUGUGAAAGCUGAAGAUGCUGAAAAACUGUUAAAAGCUGCCUAUGCCUCAGAUUUGGAUUUAUCAUCUUACGACUCAUUAAAGGAUCCUAAUUAUCAACGAGCAUCAAAGGACAGUAGUAAUAAAAGUGAUGGUACACUCAGCAGUGUUAAUUUAAUGGAACUGAUUGAAGCUAAAAGGAUGACUACAAAAUUGUUUAUGCAAAAAUAAUAACCCAAACAAUAUCUGUUGUAUUUCGCAAUAUUGUACAACAGUAUGCAAGGGAAUA